GCUCUUAACUACUGUUGCGCUGUAAAAUUUUCACCCUUUUCUCUUCUCUUCUUUCCCACCACUUUUACCCCAUGCCAUCAUCUUCUUCUUCGCAUAACAAAAACAAAACAUUAAAAAAAAAAAAAAACUCAGUUAAUGACUCUCACGUUCCACAUUGUUGGGCACCCUUUUUUUAGAUCCAACUCCAAAAAAAAAAAAACCACUUUCUUUCUUUUUAGUACCUGAAAGUCUCUUCCUUUUUCUUAUUUAUAUUUUUUUUAUAUUCCAAGAAAAGGUCUUUUUUUUUUUUUUGGUUUUUCAGUGGCAGCAAUGACGGAGGUGCUCCAUUUCUCAUCCUCUUCGUCGCCAGCCACUUGUUCUUCUGAUGGCAUUCUCCAAGAAGCACCGCCACCACCACCACCUUCUUCUUCUGUGAGCGCGGUGGUGGACGGGUUUUCUACGGUCACCGACUGUGACGGGUGCGGGGUCACAUUCACAGACAGAACGCAGCAGCAGGAGGAGGAGCUCUCUCUUCUGGCAAUUCUUGUGACCCUCUUGAGGAAAUCGCUUAUUGCUUGCAACAAGAGCGAGGAGGGCCAUGGCGCCAUGGAGAUUGGGUGGCCCACUAACGUGCGCCAUGUGGCGCAUGUCACCUUCGACAGGUUCAAUGGCUUCUUGGGCUUGCCUUCUGAGUUCGAGCCCGAAGUCUCCACAAGACCUCCCAGUGCUAGUGCAACUGUUUUUGGAGUUUCAACAGAAUCCAUGCAGUUAUCAUAUGACACGAGAGGGAACAGUGUGCCAACCAUACUGCUACUAAUGCAAAGGCACUUGUAUGCUCUCGGAGGGUUGCAGGAAGAGGGAAUUUUCAGAAUUAAUGCAGAUAAUAGUCAAGAGGAGUCUGUUAGGGAUCAAUUAAAUAGGGGAUUGGUCCCAGAAGAUGUUGAUAUACAUUGUUUGGCAGGACAAAUUAAGGCUUGGUUUAGGGAACUGCCUACUGGUGUUCUGGAUUCUUUAUCACCAGAGCAAGUAAUGCAAUGCCAGACUGAAGAGGAUUGUACUGAACUGGCCGGCCAGCUACCUCACACUGAAGCUUCCCUUUUGGACUGGGCUAUUAAUCUAAUGGCUGAUGUUGCCCAAGAGGAAGACUUGAAUAAGAUGAAUGCACGGAACAUCGCCAUGGUUUUUGCACCAAAUAUGACUCAUAUGGCAGACCCUUUGACUGCAUUGAUGUAUGCAGUUCAAGUGAUGAACUUCCUGAAGAAUCUUAUAUUAAGGACCCUGCGAGAAAGAAAGUAUUGUGUCGUAGAAUCGUCUCCUGGGUUUUGUUUAGAGCCUUCUGAUGAGAAUGGGGACCACAGUCUUUUGGAGUCCUGUCAGCAAGAUGACAUUGCCACUGAAAAUGAAGAGGCCGGGGAAACCUUUGUUUACGAGAAAACUGAAUUAGACUGUUCCCCUGAAUCUCUCCAAAGCAAAUAUUCAACUGAAGGAGAAUGUGGCAGUUUGAUAGGCUCUCCUGAGAAUCUGGUUUGUGAGGAGGACUUGUAUUGUGAGUUUCCACCCAAAGGAAACAUUGAGAAGAGUAAGAGUGGACAAUCAAGUAAUUCCAGUGCUAAAAAGGGGUCCAAAAGAACCAGAGGCCUGCUCCAACCUGUGAUCCAUGCAACAGUGGCUGUUGAUAAAAAGGGUAUUAGCAAUCUUAGCCGCAUAGAUUCAAGAUCAGAGCGGAUAGAAGCCUGGCGGUGAAAGAAGCAUCACUGUGAUCGAGUGUAGUUUGAUUCUGACAUUGUGCAUUGUAAUUGUAAGUUUGUUUCUAGGACAAGUUUGUGAAGUGGUUCAGAUUUUUUUUUUUAAUUUCCUCGGUUUGUUUAACUUGUUUGAUUUCUAGAAUGACAUUGUACUGAAAUAACAUAUCCUAUGUGUGUUUACUUGUAUUCUCAACUUCUCAUAAUUAUUCCUGAAUGACAGGCCAUUCACCUGUCAAUGUUGCAAUGGAUAAAUUAAUCACUUCCGGAUU